UAACUCCGGCCGCAACCGCAGCUUAUUAUGCAAAGCGGCGACUUAAGUGGACAGGGCCAGACCAGCGCGCGUCUCUUUCCAAGCGCUUACCAGGCCGCCUGGCCGGUCUGGGAGUUUUCCCCUGCCGGCGCCACGCUCAGCGGAGGAACCGGGAUGGCCUGAGUGCCAGCGGCUCAGCAGCCGUAUUGCAACAUGGGGAAUCAGGAUGGCAAACUGAAAAAGAGCGCAGGUGAUUCCUCGCACGAAGGCGGAGGCGUCGAGGAUGCCGUAGGGCCCAGAAAUGUGGAAACCGCAAAGAAGGGCUUCGGGGGCAAGAAGACGUUGGGCAAGCACAACAAGGGGGGUGCAGGCUGCAGCGGGGAGCAGGGCAAAAAGAAGAGCAAGUCGGACACGAGAGCUUCGGUGUUUUCCAAUCUGCGGAUCAGGAAGAAUCUGUCCAAGGGGAAAGGUGCCGGCGGCUCCCGCGAAGAUGUGCUGGAUUCCCAGGCCUUCCAGAGCGGGGAGCUGGACAGCGCCCACUCCCUGGUCACCAAGACGCCGGAUUUCAGCCUUUCAGCGGACGAAACAGGCCUGUCGGAUACCGAGUGUAUCGACACCUUUGAGGGGACUCGUCUUGGUGGCGCUAAAUUGGCCGAUUCAGGGGUCCGGAGCCCGGCGGUUUUUGAGGGUUUGGAAAAUGGUGUAGGGGCGCAGGAUGGACAACGGACCAGUUCGGGAUCAGACACAGACAUAUAUAGCUUUCACUCAGCUACAGAGCAGGAAGAUUUGCUUUCAGACAUUCAGCAGGCGAUUCGAAUGCAGCAGCAGCAGCAGCAGCAGCAGCAGCAGCAGCAGCAGCAGCAGCAGCAGCAGCAGCAGCAGCAGCGACAACAUCUUGGCUCAGAGGAACCUACAGAGCCCCCCAGCCUCGUCUUUCCACAGCCCGAAGCUUUCCUGGACCUGGAUGGGUUCUUGUUGGGUUCCAGCAGCUUGAGCCGAGAGACACGGUUACGUCUCCAGGCGGAGCAGGAGCUUUCCGCUCCUUCGGACCUGCCAGGGAUCUUGGCUGCGGAGCCCUCUGGCUCGCAGCAGCGCGGGGACUCUGGCGACGGCCUAACUGCCCGGUCGCCGGGCCUACUCGGGCCUCAGCCAGCGGCUGCAGACUCGUCCUUGUUGAGCUCCCUCCAGUUCCCCGAGGCCGAGGCAGGGACUGGCACAACCUGCGCGUCUGUGUCCAAGGCAGAGGACACAGAUGAGGACGAUGAGGACGCAUUUGAAGAUGCCCCCCGAGGCUCCCCGGGGGAAGAGUGGGGUCCAGGGCUGGGUGGGGCACUGCAGAGGACCGGGGCAGAGUCGGAAGCGGGGACGGUAGAGCCCCGCGGCCCGGCCGCUGCCUCCUUACCCUGCGGCCGAGCGCCCAGCCCGGGCGGCUGCAAGCCCUACCCGCUCCUCGCUCCCUGCUACGUCAAGACGACCACCAGGCAGCUCAGCUCGCCCAGCCACUCUCCUUCGCAGUCCCCCAGCCAGAGCCCCCGGGUCACGAAGCGCUGGGAUCCUUCCCCGAGAGGGGCGCCCAGAGCUGCCGAGGAGCCCCGCGAGAACGGUGCUUUCGAGAGUGGCCCCAGCCGUUCGGGGGACGGGGCCGAGGAGCAGGACUCCCGCGCGUCGCGCUCCAGUGGCUCCACUCCGUCGCUGGAGCGCGCUGGAGACAAUGGCCGGGGAGCGAGCCUCGAGGUGGCCGCGGAAGCGUCAGGGGCUCCGAGGGCCUCCGAAGGCUUCCUAAACGUGUUUACAGGUCGAACUUUACUGGAGAAGCUUUUCAGCCAGCAGGAAAACGGGCCUCCAGAAGAAGCAGAGAAGUUUUGCUCCCGGAUCAUUGCCAUGGGUCUUCUUCUUCCUUUUAGUGACUGCUUCAGGGAACCAUGUAAUCAGAAUGCUCAGCCAAGUUCAGCUCCAUUUGAUCAAGAUCAACUUUAUACCUGGGCUGCAGUUAGUCAACCCACACAUUCACUGAAUUACACAGAAGGGCAGUUUCCCAGGAGAGAAUCAUCUGUUUGGCCAUCAUUUAAGCCUCCUAAUGAAGAACAGAGAUUCAAGGAUACUAAAACAGAAUCUCAACCUGCUGUUCUGGAAACUUCAAAAAAAUGUUUACAUGCUGUCCAGCAGGAAAUUUUUGACAUGAAGUCUGAGGAACAGGCUACUGUAAUACAGCAAUUGGAACAGACCAUUGAGGAUCUGAGGACCAAGAUAGCUGAACUCGAGAACCAGUACCCUGCUGUGCAUAUGGAAGUGGCCAGUAACCUUCAGGGGGUUCAAAAUGAAGUAAUACCUUCAGAAGGCAUCUAUUUGGAAGAUGUCAGAGUAGGAGAAAAUGAUGUAAGAUAUCAGAGAAUUUUACAGGCAAAAUCAAUUCAGACAUCCCCAACAGAAGAAGCUGGAAUAUUGACACUACCAGGGAUUUCAAGUUUCUCUGGAGCUGAAAAUAUAGACUCAACUGUACUCUCCACUUCUGGACCUCAGACAAAAUUUUGUUCAGAAAUUUCUUUAAUUGUCUCUCCAAGGCGAAUAUCAGUACAACUUGAGGCACAUCAGACCAUUCAGCCUUCUUCAGCUGUAUCUCUUCCUUUGUCUGAUGAUCCAGAACUGAAUGGAUCAGAAACUUCAAAACCUUCUCAUCAUACUGAGUUUGAAAACAACCACAAACACUCUGUUUUCUCUUCCUUUGAAAGCAGCCAUAAUGUCCCACUUGCACCACCUCUGCCUUGCACAGAAGCCUCCAGCUCUAAAUUUGGAGUAGAGGCAAACAUGACAGUUCCUCCAAAUCCUACCCCUUUUUGUACCACAGGUCCUGCUUUGCCUACUACAUUAAUCCCCCGACCUCCUCUGCCCGGUACAGAAAUGCUGCCACUUGCUCCCUCAUCUAUAUCUGAUGAGGGAAAACCUCCCGCCCCCCCACUUUCUAAGGAAAUACCUCCUGUUUCCUCUCUUCUUGGGGAAAUACCUCUUCCACCUCCUCUUCCUGGAAUGGAAGUACCUCCCCCAACUACUCUUCCUGGAAUAGGAAUAUUCCCUGCUCCUCUUCUAGGAGUAGGAAUACCUCCUCCACCUCCUCUUCCAGGAGUAUGGAUACCUCCUCCACCUCCUCUUCCUGGAGUAGGGAUACCUCCUCCUCCUCCUCUUCCUGGGAUGGCAAUACCUCCUCCCCCUCCUCUUCCUGGAGUAGAAAUACCUCCUCCCCCUCCUCUUCCUGGAGUAUGGGUACCUCCUCCCCCUCCUCUUCCUGGAGUAGAAAUACCUCCUCCCCCUCCUCUUCCUGGAGUAGAAAUACCUCCACCCCCUCCUCUUCCUGGAGUAGAAAUACCUCCUCCUCCUCCUCUUCCUGGGAUGGCAAUACCUCCUCCCCCUUCUCUUCCUGGAGUGGGAAUACCUCCUCCACCUCCUCCUCUGCCUGGAAUUGGGAUUCCUCCACCACCCCCACUUCUAGGUCUGGGGGUUCCAGUUCCCCCUCCUCCUCCUGGAACAGGAAUUCUAUCACUUCCCCCACCGUCUCUGCUUCCUGGAUCAGAGCCUCCAAUCUCUCCACAUGUCGGGAGCAGCACUUUACCAACACCUCAGGUGUAUGGAAUUCUUCCUCCUCUGUUGCCAACUGGCUUGUUUGGAUUUGGAAUGAAUCAGGACAAAGGAAGUAGGAAGCAGCCCAUAGAGCCUUGCCGGCCAAUGAAACCACUUUAUUGGACACGGAUUCAGCUACAUAAUAAAAGAGAUUCCAGCCCUUCACUUAUUUGGGAAAAAAUUGAAGAACCAUCCAUAGAUUGUCAUGAAUUUGAGGAAUUAUUUUCUAAAACUGCUGUAAAGGAGAGAAAAAAACCUAUUUCUGACACAAUUACAAAGACCAAGGCUAAACAAGUUGUCAAAUUAUUAAGCAACAAGAGAUCACAAGCUGUUGGAAUAUUAAUGUCGAGUCUUCAUUUAGAUAUGAAAGACAUACAGCAUGCUGUUGUGAACUUGGACAAUUCUGUGGUUGACCUGGAGACCCUUCAAGCUCUCUAUGAGAAUAGAGCACAGUCAGAUGAGCUGGAAAAAAUUGAAAAGCAUGGCCGGUCCUCCAAAGACAAGGAACACACCAAAUCUCUGGACAAACCUGAACAGUUCCUUUAUGAAUUAUCACUAAUCCCCAACUUUUCAGAGAGAGUCUUUUGUAUCCUGUUUCAGUCCACAUUUUCAGAGAGUGUUUGCUCAAUUCAUCGCAAACUAGAAUUGCUACAAAGAUUAUGUGAGACAUUAAAAAAUGGCCCAGGAGUUAUGCAGGUUCUAGGUUUGGUUCUUGCCUUUGGCAACUAUAUGAAUGGUGGAAAUAAGACCAGAGGACAAGCAGAUGGUUUUGGAUUAGACAUUCUUCCAAAGCUGAAAGAUGUCAAAAGCAGUGACAAUAGCAGAAGCCUUCUGUCAUAUAUUGUUUCUUAUUAUCUUCGAAAUUUUGAUGAGGAUGCUGGAAAAGAACAGUGUGUUUUUCCACUGCCAGAACCCCAGGACCUAUUUCAAGCCUCACAGAUGAAGUUUGAAGAUUUUCAAAAAGAUCUCAGAAAACUGAAGAAAGACUUGAAAGCUUGUGAGGUUGAAGCAGGGAAAGUUUACCAACUGUCUUCACAAGAGUAUAUUCAGCCUUUCAAAGAAAAAAUGGAACAUUUCAUAAUUCAAGCUAAAAUUGAUCAGGAGGCAGAGGAAAACUCACUGGUGGAGACUCAUAAAUGCUUUUUGGAGACUACAGCUUAUUAUUUUAUGAAAGCAAAACUUGGAGAAAAGGAAGUAUCACCAAAUGUUUUCUUCAGUAUCUGGCAUGAAUUCAGUUCUGAUUUUAAAGAUUUUUGGAAAAAGGAAAACAAGCUUAUUCUACAAGAGAGAGUAAAAGAAGCUGAAGAGGUAUGUAGGCAAAAGAAAGGAAAAUCACUUUAUAAAAUCAAACCAAGACAUGACUCUGGAAUUAAAGCAAAAAUUAGCAUGAAGACCUGAACAAUAAAAUGUGGAAUGAAAAUGAGUAUCUGUAACAUGUCCACACAAUGCAUCUGACAAAGAGAGGGAAGAAAUCUACAGCAUGUUAAUCAUUUUUUAUCUUUAACUCUUUCUUUGGUUUUCUACAGAGUUCACUCUUCAAUAUCACUGUACAUUCAUAAAAAAUGCAAAGUCAGUACGAGAGUGACAAUUUGAAAUAUUUUCUCUUUGCUAAGUUUAUGGUAUUACUAGACCAAAACUGUGUGGAUAAGAGUAGUAUCUGCAUUAAUUUUGAACAUGCUAAAAAUUAACAUAAUUCUCGACUUUUUAAAAUAAUCUUUAUCAGAGCAACAACACUUUCCUUUUACUGACAACCAGUGCUCCACACCAAUGUGUUUAGGUAUAUGAGUAAAAUGUUAUUUCUAGUGAAUUGUUUUUAGCAGUUUCAUGUCUCCAUAUACAUUCUCUCAAUAUUUUAAGGCCAUCUAUAUACCACAAAAAAGGCUUUCCCAACUCUUGGGUUACUCUCCAUAAUUCUUUUUGUAAUAUACUAUUUUCUUCUUCCCCCAUUAGUGAGAUAAUUUGUAGAAAAUAAUAUGUGGCUAAAUAAAAGUUAUUUUCUAUAUUUACUAUACAUAGAGACCAGAAUUUUAAAGAAUGAAGCUUUUGUCAGAGUAUGCCCUUUAGAUCCUCAUAAAGCUAUCAGCAAAGGUAAAAUAAACUGAAGGUGUGAUUCUCUGUAAGCUUAAAAUAUUAUAUAUUUGUAAAGACAUUAAAGUAAAUUACAAUCAUAAAAUUAUCGAACAUAAUUUAAUAUUAGGCCUUGAUAUGAAAGUUUUGUAAUAAAUUUAUAUCCUUAUCGAACCAAUUAAGUAGCAUACUUUCUUCAGUUUUGUUAAACAAUUGAGACUCUUUACAUGGGGCAACAAAACUGUAAAAUAAAUAUGUAAUCAAUCAUCUAAAGAAGUCUAGGAAAGGAUUUUACUUUAAUUUUAGGUGUGAGAACACAGUAUAUUUUAGCUUUUGAUGCAUUGUGUUCUUUUUGACUAAUGCUUUUUUUAGUUUAUUUUCAUGACAUUUGUUGGGGAUACUGAUUGUGAAUAAAAGGGAGAAUUUAUUGCAACCAAUUAUGGAAACUACUUACAAAGAUAAAUAGUACUCUAAAUCAUAACUACAUUUAUAUUUAUGUAUAGUAUGGUCUUACCUUCUAAAUUGUAAUUUAAAUGCAAAGAAACAAUAGUUGGAUUUUGUGGUUGUUGUUUUCUAGUCUUACUUUUCCCUUUAUUUCCUCCUAUGUGUAUACUACAAUUCUUCAAUGAAAUAAUUGGGCAUUUAACAAAGAUAGCCUGUGCAAUACUGUAUUUAGUGUUUCUAUUUCAACUUUUCUAAAAUGUUAAUUUAUAUGAAUAAUAAAAUAUUUAUGUGCCUGGUUGUGA